AUGGCAGAGUUGGCGUCGAUGGAGCUGCGCGGACCUGAGAAGGCCGAGAGCCCGCUGCGCCGCCGGCGCAAGAAGGGUGACGGCUUCCCCCGCGCGAUGCUCUGGUCGUGGACGUCGGACGCGGACAAGGCGGAGGCGCCCGCGCGCAAGGACGACGGUGACAGGCGCACCUCGACCGCGUCCCAGCGCAUGCCGGCGAUCGCGCCGACGUCGCCGCCGCUGCCACGCCGCGCAGCCAACCAGCGACCGCUCAAAGCCAAGGUCCCGCGCGUGAGCCGGCGUCUCUCGAUGUACAACGUGGGCGGCGGCGGCGGCAAGAGCGGCAAGGCGAUCGCCAACAGUACGCUGGCCCCGCUCUCCAAUGUGAUCCUGUCGCCACCCAAGUCGAGCUCGUGCUUGGACCGCAUCAUACCGGACGACGCCGUGGAGCUCGUGCCCGUUAAGUCCGCGAUCAUGUCGCCGCUGCUCGACGAGACGCUCCUCGACGAGCCCAAAAUCGAUCCGCCCACCGACGCCGACUACCUCUGCGACGACGUCAACGACCGUUUCUGGCGCAUUUACCAAGACGGCGCGCGCCGUGUGCAGCGCCCCGACUCGUCCCGCGGACGGUAUCUUCGGCAUUGCGAAGACGAAGCGCUUUUGCCGUUGCCUCUCCUGGACUUGCGCUUGCACAAGGCGCCCCAACCCCACUACAGCGCUGACGGCGGACUGUCGUACGUCAACUACUUUCUGGGCGACAGGCGCGCCGAGGCCCUCGGCGAUGCGCUCGAGCUGCUUCCAGUUCGCAUUUCAAGCAUCGCGAUGACGCAUGCAGGGAUCUCUGGCCAGGGCUCGGCGGCCAUCGUCACCGGCGUCAAGAAGGAAGACUUGCUACGUCUCAACUUUGCCCACAAUCACAUUGGCGCGAAAGGGUACAUGAAGCUCAAUACGGUGCUCGACGACACAUCGCUGAACCUCCAAGUGCUCGAUCUGAGCAACAACCAACUCGGCGAUCAGUCCGUGACGGCGCUCGUCAAGGCCCUCUUGAAACGCUGCACGCUCACGUCCCUCGUGUUGAGCCACAACAAGGUCUUUCACUCGGCCAAGCUCCUCGGCGACCUUCUCCGGGUCAAAACCGCGUUGACGCACUUGGAUUUGUCAUGGAAUCAAAUCCGAGGCGACCCAGCGUGUCACUUGGCAACGGCGAUGGCUGAGAACGACACGCUUCUCGACCUCGUGCUCUCAGACAACUCGCUCGGCAACAGCGGUGGCGCCGACAUUGAGCUCGCGACGAGCCUCGUUCUGAACUCGACGCUCACGAACUUGAACGUAAGCAACAACCACAUCAAAGGCCGCGCCAUCUUUGUGUUUGUCGACAUGUGCAAGUCGAACGCGUCGAUCGCGCACCUGGACGCAAGCAGCAACCCGAUCGGCACCGCCGCCGUCGAAGCGAUUUUGCAUGCGAUGGCGACCGCGAGCAUGCAGUGCAUCUGGGACCUCUCUAAUUGCAACAUUGAGAUUCAAGAGUAUUUGUACAGCCCGACGUACUGCACCGGCCCGUACAAGCUCGACUUGGCCGACCGAAGCGACCACGUCGUGCUCAAGGAGCUUCUGAGCAUGCACGCUGCCAACCGCAUUGCAUUUUCAAACGUGUCGCUCAACGGCCAGCCCUUUGCGUUGGCGAAGGGCACCAGUGUGCUCCCGCCGCACCUCGCAACGACCAAAGUCGAGCGCGGCCAAAUCCCGUUCUCUGGCAUCCUCGCCUUGCAUGUGACCAAGGACGAAGAAGCAAGCCCCGACUUGCACUUGCGGGACACCGAGUUUUGCAAAAUCAAGGACCUCAUCGGCCAUUCGUUCGACUUGGACGACCACAAGAAGAUGACGAUGAUCAAGAUCCUCGCCGACGGCUUUUGCGUGACGGUCAACCAAGCGAGCACGCUCCUCGCGCUCUUUAGCUCGCCGACGUGCCAGGCCGAGAAGGCGUCGGCGGCCGCGGCGCUCAUCCCUCAAAUCUCCAACUCGCACCACCAUAGCAUCGACCGCGACGCGUACCUCGGGAGUCCGGGUCCCGUCAACGGUGUCUUCUUUGAAGACAAGGACAAUGACGGCAAGAUCGAUGUGUGCGGCGACAUCACCGUCCUCGUCGGUCUCCAAGGCCUCGACCAGAUCGAGCAAGGCUAUGUCGAGCAAAAGCUCGGCAAGUGGAUCGCCUUCAACCCGACCAACCCGACGGGGUUCUACCGGCUCAACAUGUCCAACUUUGUCGACCGCCGGAUCAUGCUCAAGCUCAUCGAAGCCAACGUCGCCGACCGUCGGUUCCGCGCCGUCAACAAGCUCCCAGACGUCUCGCAGCACGGCAACAACAAUGGGUUUCGCAACGCGCGGUACAACCACAAGCCGAUUUCACUCGACGCGUCGUGGUCCCUGCCGCGCCUCGGCGUGCUCGAAUUUGACUUUGUCGCGACCCGUCGACCGCCCGCGGGCGCCAUCCCGCUGUCGGACGCGGCGUUCGAGCAAUUUUUCAAAGAGUUUAAAGCCAUUCCCGACAUGAAGCUCGUGGGCCUCCGCGCGAUUUCCAACUUGUAUUUCUUCACGGCGCGCCACGCGCAGCGCCUCAUGGAGUACUUUUCGCCGUACGAAAAGAUCGACAAUGCGCUCGUCCGCCUCGAAGUGUUUGUGAUUUUACUCAACCGCAUCGUCGACGAAGCCAACUUUUCGGACGCGCUCAGCAUCCUCGACGCCAAGGCCCGCAAGAAGCUCCUGGAUCGCGUCGGCAUUGUCCAAGUCUUCAACCCGCUCUCGCCCGGCGGCAAGUACGAUCUGAGUCUCGACGAGCACGACCAGCGCUAUGUGGCCACCUUGCUGCUGCAGCUCUCGCGCGCCCAAGAAGGGUCGCUUCACGACGUGACGUUCAACGGCGCCGACGUCGAGAACCUCCAUGCGGUCUGGCUCAGCGACAACGACAUUCCGAAAGAAGGCGUGUUCAAGUGCAAGUUUAUGACGGCGAAUCGGUGCAGCUCGAUCGUACAGCUCAGCGAAAGUAGUCUCAUGCGCCGUCUCUCGCAGUCGAUCGUGUUUCGACCGGGCGAGGCGUCGUUGGCCGAGUAG